CCCUCAGACUAGCCAUUUCUGGGCCCUGCGGCCAGCAGGCCCUCGCUAGAAGCUGACCUGCUUUCAAGCCGGGAUCCACUCCCGCGCGGCUCCAGCCUAGCGCCGCCCUCGCUCCUCCCCUCGCCUGCCUCCCCCGCCCCCUUCUUCUCCUUCAGGCCAGCUGCCGCUUGCUUCGCUUGUCUCCUCGGUGGGGGUCAGCCGAGGCGUCCCCCGGCCCCGCCCUCCUCCCGCCUCCGCUCCCUUCCCUCCCCCGCCUCGUCCAGCUCUAAGUUGUCAAUCAGGCGCCUGGGCUGAGAUAGGCGACGGCAGCGGGCGGAGAGACGGGCAGCUACGCCACAGCCCAGCGGCGGCCAUUCGUGGAAAAAUAGGCCGACCUGCUCCUCCCAGCUCCGGCAGCGACCGGCCUUCUCUCGCCGCUACCCCCAGCACCCCGCCCUCCGUCCCUCCCCUCCCUCCUCCUCGAGCCGCGCCUCAGCGGGCGUUAAUGCGGGAUGAGCGAUCAAAAGAAGGAGGAAACUAUGUCUACCGAGGGAGAGAAAUCUCCUGAGGCUGAGAACAACAAUAAGAAGAACAAAACUGGAGCUUCUCAGGAUUCUCAGCCCUCCCCUCUGGCUCUGUUGGCAGCAACCUGCAGCAAAAUAGGAACUCCCGGUGAGAAUCAAUCAACUGGACAACAGAUUAUUAUAGAUCCAAGUCAGGGUUUGGUUCAGCUUCAGAGCCAACCACAGCAGUUAGAAUUGGUGACAACUCAGCUUGCUGGAAAUGCUUGGCAACUUGUUGCAGCUCCUCCUGCUUCAAAAGAAAACAACCAGCAAACAUCUUCUGUUUCAACUGCAGCAAGUCCCGCCAAUAGCAACAAUGGAAAUGUAUCCCCCUCAAAAACUAAACCAAGCAAUUGUUCUGGAGUUACUCCAGGACAAUUUCAAGUCAUCCAAGUUCAGAAUUCAGGUGGUAGUGUUCAGUACCAAGUGAUUCCACACAUUCAGACAGCAGAAGGUCAACAAAUUCAGAUAAAUCCCGCUAAUUCCACAGCUCUACAAGAUAUACAGGGUCAGAUUCAGCUUGUUCCUGCAGGGAAUAAUCAAGCUAUUAUUACAACUACAAACAGGACAGCUUCUGGGAAUAUUAUUGCUCAGAAUUUGGCAAAUCAAACAGUGCCUGUCCAGAUUAGGCCUGGUGUUUCUAUUCCAUUGCAGCUACCUAUUGCUGGUACUCAGGCUCAAGUAGUAACUUCAUUGCCUAUAAAUAUUGGGGGAGUGACUCUAGCAUUACCUGUAAUAAAUGUUGCAACAGGUCCGAGUUCUGGACAAAUUGUCCAAUCCACUGAUAGUGGACUGUCCAAUGGAAAUCAGCUAUUGUCCACAUCUGUCUCAACAACUUCUGUUACUGUUAUGUCUGAAUCUCCUGCUUGCACAACUACAGCCUCUACAUCAUUAACAGGCACUGAAACAUUAGUUACUACUGGUGAAACAGGCCAAUAUGCAAGCACAGCAAAUAGUUCUGAAACUAGUACUGAAGAAACUCAAACUACCACGUCUGAAACAGAGGUACAAAAUUCGAAUCCACUUCAAUCCAAUGGAUUGCAAAAUAUGCAGGAUCAGUCAAAUUCACUGCAACAGGUUCAAAUAGUAGGUCAACCUAUUCUCCAGCAGAUCCAGAUCCAACAGCCUCAGCAGCAGAUCAUUCAAGCAAUUUCUCCACAGUCUUUCCAGCUUCAGUCAGGACAAACUAUUCAGGCUAUUCAGCAACAGUCAUUGCAAAAUAUUCAGUUGCAAGCAAUGAGUCCAACACAAGUACUCAUAAGAGCACCAACUUUAACCCCAUCAGGACAAAUCAGUUGGCAGACAGUACAAGUCCAAAAUCUUCAAAGUCUUUCAAAUCUCCAAGUUCAAAAUGCUGGGCUACCCCAACAAUUAACUAUUACCCCUGUAUCUUCAAGUGGUGGUACAAUUGCUCAAAUAGCACCAGUAGCUGUUGCUGGCACACCAAUAACACUUAAUGCUGCUCAGAUUGCUUCAGUGCCUAAUCUUCAAACAGUAAGUGUAGCCAACUUGGGUGCUGCAGGUGUUCAAAUGCAAGGAGUGCCAGUCACCAUUACAAGUGUUGCAGGUCAACAACAAGGGCAGGAUGGAGGAGUGAAAGUACAGCAAGCAACAAUAGCUCCUGUAACUGUAGCGGUUGGAGGUAUAGCUAAUGCAGCAAUGGGUGCAGUUAGUCCUGAUCAAAUAACUCAAGUGCAGCUGCAACAAGCUCAGCAAGCAUCUGAUCAAGAAGUGCAGCCUGGCAAAAGAUUAAGAAGAGUUGCUUGUUCAUGCCCUAAUUGUAGAGAAGGGGAUGGAAGAAGCAGCAAUGAACCAGGAAAAAAGAAACAACAUAUCUGCCAUAUUGAAGGCUGUGGUAAAGUAUAUGGGAAAACAUCUCAUCUUCGGGCACAUCUUCGCUGGCAUACAGGGGAAAGGCCAUUUGUGUGCAAUUGGAUCUUCUGUGGGAAAAGAUUUACAAGAAGUGAUGAAUUGCAGAGACACAGACGAACCCAUACAGGGGAGAAAAGAUUUGAAUGUCCAGAGUGUUCUAAAAGAUUUAUGCGAAGUGAUCAUCUCUCCAAGCAUGUCAAAACACAUCAAAACAAGAAAGGUGGAGGAACAGCCCUUGCUAUUGUUACUUCAGGUGAAUUGGACCCUUCAGUUACUGAGGUUCUUGGAUCUCCAAGGAUUGUCGCAGUAGCAGCCAUUUCUCAAGAUUCAAAUCCAGCAACUCCAAAUGUUUCAGCAAACAUGGAGGAAUUCUGAAAUAAUGUUACAUAGAUGCCUAGAACUGCACUUAAGUUUACAUACUUUUCAAGAUAUGGAAGUGGGCUGGUAAAAGUGUAUUACAGAGCAGGAAAUCAUGUAUUCAGUCUUGAUUACUAUAAGUAUUCCAAGCUGGAGAAUUAGCAUAGAAAGUGUACUUUGUACAAUAAGACAAACAUUAAAAAAAAGAAAGAACCAAUUCAUAUAGAUAAAUUAUGGAUAAAACAGAUUAGGAAAAUAUUACUUCCACACAGCACUGAUUUCUGUAGCUCUGUAUCACGUAAAUAAUUUUUGAUUGGAUUUAUCUUCCAGGAUGAGAUGUAAAUGUUUGUUGUAGCAACAAACUAUAAGAAUAUGCAACAGAAUUGCUGCUGAUUAGAGUUUUCCUUAAAAAAUCUAGUAUUUUCAUGCAAAUUGACUUUGUCCAAAAGGCACAAAAAUAUAAAGUACUCUAGUGAAGAUGAAAACUUUUUUUCUUUGUGAGACAUAUAUAUUAAAUUGGGCCAUCUUUAUUCAUUUGUUAAAAAUCAGAUGGCAGCAUAUGAAAUGGAUCUGAGGUACAUCUCAGAUAAUUUUGGCCACUACAUUAUAGUAGUGUAUAUAAUGACAAUCAGUAAAUAAGAUUAUUCUCUUUCUAGGAGAAAUGAGAGAUCUACAGAGCCAGUGUAUUCUGUAAUAAAUACUGAAUUUCAGAAAUAUAUUAACAUAAAACUUUAAUUUCUAUGUAAAAAUUAAAUUUGAUAAUAUGUGUUGCAAUUCUUGUAUCUUAAUUCAUCCCAUUUCAUGAUACAGGAUCUAUUAAAAAAUGUUUAAUCUC